AUGGCAGAAUAUUCGGACACAGGUCUGAUGCCCCCUGGCAUUGAUGGCGACGACAUUUCCCAACAAAUGCCGCAUGGAAGCGCCGCAUCCUCACCGCCAGCACCACCACCAUCACCACCCUCAGCACCACUACCAUCACCACCACUACCAUCACCACCACCACCACCAUCACAAGUACCAGCCUACGGGUACUGGGGGACGGAUAACUCCGCGGGACCUUCCGCAUAUCCCCAGGUACCCUACGGGCCACCGCCGCAUCAAUCGCCAGCGCGCUGGCCACACCAGCGUCACCAACAACAUUACGCAUCACGCCAAGAAUCAAUGGUACCGUAUAGUGAGGUCCAGAAAUUAAAAUAUAAACUGGCAGCUGAGCGACGUAAAGUCCGAAAUCUCCAGGACGAAAAUAAAUCCUUAACAGCUCAGCUGGAGCUGUUAAAGAAAAUGAUGCCGUAA